AUCCACUGUUCCUUUCAUCCCUCCUGCAACUCAACAACACACGCCCCAAUUUGAUAGCAGCAGCACUCAUAUAGAAGCUAGAAAUCACACAAGCAGAAUGUCGCUCCCCGAGAAGAAGAUGCAACACUACCCCAAGAUGACCACCGAGUUCCCCGCCAAGAGCGAGGAGUUCCGUCGGGUCUUGUGGACUGGUCAAUCUUCUCAGUUGGUUGAGAUGACCAUCCCCGUUGGCGGAGACAUUGGUGAAGAGGUUCACCACGUCGACCAGCACUUGGUCUUCACUCAGGGUCAAUGCAAGGCCGUCGUCGCCGGAGAGGAGAAGAUGGUCAACGCCGGUGACUUGGUCAUCGUCCCCCAGGGCACCAAGCACAACUUUAUCAACACGGGCAAGGAACCUCUGAUCUGCUUUACCAUCUACGCUCCUGCGGAGCACGACCCCAAGUCUGUCCACAAGACCAAGGAAGAGGGCGACAAGCUCGAGGAUGAGGGCAAGGACGAGCCUCCUAGCUGGGCCGUCCCCGGAAAGAACUGAACGUAGACCGAAUUUUACGAAUUGCAUCGCACCUGAACAAAUCACAUACCUAAUCAAUAAUCAUUUGUAAUCAAGUUAUAUUAACGUAUCCAACGAAUGCCUAAUG